GCAAGCGGAAACGUCAUCUUCAAAAUCCUCAGAUAUCAAUAAAUAAAUACAUUUUUUACACAAAAAAUGGAAUCAUCCGAAAAUCCAAAACCAGCUAUUUCGGCUAAUAAAAAUCAUGAAGAUCGAGAAGAGCGAGUAUGUGUCCGGUAUGAGGGCAGGCUGUUCUCGAUUCCCCGGGGGGACUACGAACGCCGCAUUUCUGAACCAGAUGGUAACAAUAUUCAGUUAGUAUAUGCUGCACCAAAAUUUCGCACCAAAAAGCUUGCAUUUGAAUUGGGUGACAAACAUGUUACAGAAGACCCUUCGACAGCGUCGCUUUUUCAAUCAUCGACAAAUGAUCAACUCGCAGCAUCUACCGAUAACAAAUCUUCUUCAUUGGAAAGCAUUCUCUCACGAACGGCCAGUGGCGUUGCGUUAGGCAAGGAGAGUUUUUCUGAAAAACCUGCAGAGACGUACCAACAGAACAUGGAAAUGCCAUCUACCGAAAACGUACCGUCAAAAUCAUCGAAAGUAAUUGCCAAUAAACUGUACCAGCUUCGAUCCAGCGUCGUAAGGACUAUCGAUCAGUACAUACAGCACAUCGAAACGGAACAAGAACCAACGGGGCCGGAUUGCUCAACGUUGCACCCGGACGGGGAUGGAUCAAUGAUGCUGGAAUACCGAAAGCGGAAUAUGCAGGUGCUAAAAACGGAUUCGUUUGUGCGCGCCAAGAAACAAAUUCGAACCAAGUUGUACCGGGAAAUUGAUGCGUUGGUUAAACGCUUGCAUGACCUGGAAUCGGCGGAUUAGGUGAUAACAUGUUUUUUUAAUAGUGUUUUUAUUUUUUAUCCGUUUAAAUAUAAAUGUUUGCAGAAAAAUUA